AUGGAGAUCAGAAAGAAGUGCCUGGUUCCGCUAGCCAUCCUGCUCUUGGCUCAAGAACAAGAACAACAACAAGAACUAGAACUAGAACUAGAACAAGAGGAACAAGAGGAAGAGCAGGAGGUAAUAGAGACAUGGACGAGGCCUGAGACGGGGCGAGCAUGUACCUGUGAUUGUGAGGAAGAGACUACCCUCAACACACCUGUCUUCACAUCACCUUUUACGGUCACCACUGCCCCCACACCCCAGCCACAAAGCUGCUUCCUGGACUGCAUGCCAGAGUGUCCAUAUCACAAGCCACUGGGCUUUGAAUCCGGCUCUGUGUCAUCGGACCAGAUCACCUGUUCAAGUCAGGAACAGUAUGUUGGCUGGUUCUCCUCGUGGACCGCAAGCAAGGCCCGUCUCAACAGCCAAGGAUAUGGCUGUGCUUGGCUGUCGAGGUUUCAGGAUGCCAACCAGUGGAUUCAGGUUGACCUGUUGGAGGUUAGCGUGGUGUCAGGGAUCCUGACGCAGGGACGCUGUGAUGCAGAUGAGUGGAUGACAAAAUACAGCAUCCAGUAUCGGGUGGAUGAGAAUCUCAACUGGAUUUACUACAAAGACCAGACAGGCAACAACAGGGUGUUCUAUGGGAACGCGGACCGGUCCUCAACAGUGCAGAACCUGCUGCGCCCGCCCAUCGUUGCCCGUUAUAUCCGCCUGCUUCCUCUGGGCUGGCACACGCGCAUCGCCAUCCGGAUGGAGCUGCUCAUGUGUAUGAACAGGUGCACCUAA